UUUUUCUAGGGUCUUCUAGCUCCUCUCAAGUCCCAACCAUUCCCCUUAUAUCACCCACUCUCACUCCCCAUUUCCCUGCACAAAGAUUUUUUCCCUGCUUGCUCAUCAAGUCCAAGAACCAACCUACCUUUUGCAAUCUCAAUUCAAUGGCGUCCUCUCUCAUUGCGAAGCGCUUCCUCUCCUCUUCCCUCCUCUCCAGGUCCCUCCUUCGCCCCGCCGCUUCCGCUUCCCACCGCUCUUUCAACACCAACGCCAUGCGCCAGUAUGACAACCGCGCCGACGACCACAGCACCGACAUCGAUCGUCACUCCGAACGCUCUUUCCCUAGCACUGCGCGCCGCGACGAUAUCUUCUCAGGUAAUGUGUUGGAUCCAUUUUUUCCGACUCGGAGUUUGAGCCAGGUUCUGAACAUGAUGGACCAGGUCAUGGACAAUCCGUUCCUCUCCGCGUCGCGCGGGAUCGGAGCUGGCUCUGGAGUGCGUCGCGGAUGGGACGCGAGGGAGACAGAGGAUGCUCUGCAUUUGCGCGUGGACAUGCCUGGGCUCGGCAAGGAAGACGUGAAGAUCUCCGUGGAGCAGAACACUCUCAUUAUCAAAGGUGAAGGUGCUAAAGAAGGCGAUGAAGAAGAGAGCGCUCGUCGCUACACUAGCAGGAUUGACUUGCCGGACAAGCUCUACAAGAUUGACCAGAUCAGAGCUGAGAUGAAGAACGGUGUGCUCAAGGUCGUUGUGCCGAAAAUGAAGGAGGAAGAGAGGAAAGACGUGAUCAGUGUUAAGGUUGAGUAGAACAACCCAAGCUGAUUUGGCCAUUUUGCAUCGACACUACUCUUUAGUUUUCUUUUAUUAGGUGGUGAUGAAUCUAGUUAGUAGAUAUAACAGCUUAAUAGUAUUGUUGCUGUGUUUGGUUUUGAAACUUCAAACGUAUCUGUAAUAAUUGUUAUAUAGAGUUGUGAAUGAGCUUGUUGUUUAGAAGUCUACUGCAGUCUGAAUUUGACUUGUCAAUGAAAUUCGUGUCAUUUUAAAUUCGUAAAA